ACACCGUGUUAGGAUCGAUCCAUGGAGCUUCCCUUCUCUUCCCUUCCUAUUUAACGAGCUAGCCACUCUACACUCUUUGCAUCUCAGCAAGCACCAAAGAGUAGCUAGAAAUGGCGAUGGCUAGGACACCGACGCUCCUCCUCAUCGUCGCCGCGGCUCUCCUCGCGGCCUCAUGCAGCGCAUGGGAGGCCAACAUCCGGAUGCCGACGUCCGUGGACGAGGCGGUGGUGGCGCCGCUGAUCCACGCGCUCCGGCCGCUGCUGGGCUCCGGCAAGCACGCCGGAGUGGAGUGCGACAGCUGGGUGCUGGGCGUGGAGGCGCACAACGUGCGGGACUGGAAGACGGUGCCCGCCAGCUGUGAGGGCUACGUCGGCCACUACAUGCUCGGUAAGCACUUCCGCCGUGACUCCAAGAUCGUCAUCGACCAGGCCGUCGCCUACGUCGACAGCCUCAAGCUCGCCGGCAACGGCAAGGAGGUGUGGGUCUUCGACGUCGACGAGACCACGGUCUCCAACCUCCCCUACUACGCCAAGCACGGCUUCGGGGCUACACCUUUCAACGCGACGAGCUUCAACGCAUAUGUGCUGGAGGGGAGCGCACCAGCACUACCGGAGACAAAGAGGCUGUACAACAAGCUGCGCUCGGUCGGCAUUAAGCCGGUUUUCCUCACCGGACGGACCGAGGACCAGAGGGCCAUCACCAUCACCAACCUCCGCCGCCAGGGGAUCUCCGGGUGGAUGAACUUGCUGCUGAAGCAGCCCGGCUUCAAGGGCUCUGCUGUGACCUACAAGUCCGGCGAGAGGCAAAAAUUGCAGGACGCCGGGUACAUCAUAGUCGGCAACAUCGGCGAUCAGUGGAGCGACAUCCUCGGCGCGCCCGAGGGCGCCCGUACCUUCAAGCUCCCCGACCCCAUGUACUACAUUGGCUAGGCCGGGCCGGUUGCUGCCACCUUUGAUUGCUCCUCGGUCCUGAUCCACGAUUGAAUAAACUCCAUGCUCUUAAUCAUAUGCAUGCUUCGUCAA